AUGGAUUUCCUACCGCUGCACCUCCAAGUGCAACUUGGUUUUCUCAUCGCAGUUUCCCGCUGGCCGGGUAACCCAGAAGAGCAUGCAGACACGAAAGCAAACGCUGACCUUUAUUCACACAUGAAGCGAGAAUACCUCGUUCGAGCUCAAUGGGCCAUUGAAAAGCUUGAAGCGGGUCUGGACGGCCAAGCCCCUAUAAGGGGAUCUCUGGGAGACCCUCAACGAGAUACACGAUCUAGGGAUUUAACCUCCGCCUAG